CAGAAAUUAUGGUUGAGAGGAAACCAGGGUGCUCCAAUAUCAUUGUGCAAAACUUCUCCGAGUUUGAUGCCUAUGCCACGUACAAGCGACAGGACGAGCGGAAGAAGGGCCGGGACUCCUUUGUUCAUACAAAGAUGGGUAUCGUGCCGAAGGAUGGGACGCCCACGGAUGAUAAAAAAUGCAAAGCAAGCGCUAUGUUUACACAAGUCCACCGAAGCGACAACAUCGCACCCGAUAAAUAUUGGCUCUGUCCCACCGUGGACAGCGAGAAAAAAAAAAAAAAAUUUUUGCCUAAACUUGGGCCCUAUUUGUGUGUAGUAACACGCAUCGCCGCGCGGGUUCGUCGGGCCAACCACUCCGUUUUUGUGGCCCCUUCGCCGCUGCGCUGGGGCAUCUCCCCACUGCGUAGCCUCCUCUAUUGAGCGCCAAACACAGCAGUAACGAUGCAGAAGUAACGACUAAUGUGCUCCCAUUUGUUC